AUGAAAAUCAUCGUCCUCGUCGUCCUCAGUCUCGCCGUUCACCAGAUAAAUGCGGCCGCAUUCUGUCCUUCAUUGCCAGCUGAGAUCACUUGGGCUCCCGAUGGUGGAGCAGCUCAUCUCGACUACUAUGGCACUGGGAAAUGGUGUAGCAACGUUAAUGGAAGCCGCUAUAAAUGUUACAACGAUGGCGACUCAGACGAAUGCUAUUUGGUCCGGUGUGACCCACUUCCAGCAUGGGUAACCUCGGCGCCGACUGGAAACGCCGAUUACGACAGCCGUGUCGAUGGAUGUAAAUCAAUUGAGCAGUGUUUCUUCGACGGCGAAUCCAACAAAUGCUACUCGGAUGUUUGUCCGCCCUUGCCAGCUAACAUCACCUGGGAACCAGAAAACACCGCAACUUUCGACUACUAUGAAGAUGGAUGUAGAGGCACUCGUUUGUUGUGUUACAAUGACGGGGUUUCUGAUGCUUGCUACUUGCCAGACAAAGGACCUUGUCCACCAAAGCCGAUUUCGAUCAACUGGGAGCCAGAGAGUCCCGCUCAUUUCUCCGAGUACAGUGAUACGCCGUGUGGCCGGGGCACAGAUUGCUACAAUGACGGAGAGGUUGAUCAAUGUUAUAUGGCUGUGGGGAAAUGUUUGCCGAAACCCGACUCGAUCUUCAACGAGCCAACGGGACCCGCUCUUGUUGGUCGUUGUCCUGAAGGCUUUGAAUGUUUCCACGAUGGAUCGAGCAAUCAAUGCUAUUGCUAUGAUACGGCUGGACCAAAUAUCUGUCUGGACGCUCACAAUAGGGCUCUGUGCGAUCACAAGAGCAACAUGUGCGCAAAGACUUGCGGAUUUUGUGUUGGCCCCGGACCACUCCAUUCAACUCUGGGUGCUCAUAAAGGACCGAUCUUUGCGUUGCGAUGGAAUCCCUCUGGUGACUUUGUUCUUUCAGCCGGUGUUGACAAAUCAACAAUUGUUUGGGAUCCAAUAAAAAGUCAAAACAAGCAACAAUUUCAAUUCCAUUCCGCGUCAACUCUCGACGUUGAUUGGAUCUCCGACGACACUUUUGCCUCUUGUUCCACCGAUCAAACGAUUAAUGUUUGUAGAGUUGGAUUUGAUCGACCGAUUCGCACGUAUACGGGUCACGCUAGUGGGGUGAACGCUGAACGGCACGAUCAUGUCGAAUCGAUCCACGUCAUAGACAAGCAGCGCUACAUCACCGAAUUCGUCGCUCGUCGUCACGACAUUGAGGAAAAGAUCCGUGAUUUCAUCAACAAGAUGGAGACGAAAUUCCUUGAUGAAUCGAUUGGUCGUGUGAUGCCCAAGACCGAAACGAGCAAGGCCGACACUGCGGUUGUUCCAAGCGAUGUCGCGGCGUCUGUUCAUGACAAAUCGAAUGCGAACGAGGAGAAAGAUGAUGAUGAUGAAGUGCCUUCUUGUGCAGAGACUCAAUCUGCUGAUUCAUCUCACGAUCCGGUUCCUGAAGUCACGCCGAUUCAUCGGAAUAAGAGUGACAAGGACAAAGCAAACUUCGAGAAGCUUGUCGGGCACAUUAAAGAAGCUGGGAAUCGACCUCGUGCAAUGUGUGGAACCAAAUGCGCCGAAAGUAUGCUGACUACAUCGAUGGUGAUAGGAAAGUCAGCCACAAGAAAGCAUCGGACGAGGCCAAUUGUGCAAAGUGGUGGCCAGUACUCGUUCAAAUGGAGCGCCAAGAGUACGCCAAAGAAUAUGCAUUUCGGAGUGAUCAUGACGACGUUCGGGUGUCGACUUGAGUCUUACUGCUCGAAUUUGUCCCGCACGAUGCUCGUGGAUCCAAGCAGAGAGUUGGAAGGAGUCUACGAGAAUGUUCGACUCAUUCAAACGGCUGUCAUUGAGGCGUUGAAACCUGGGAGAAAGCUUUCGGAAGUGUACCAGAUUGGUAUCGAGGCAUGCAAGAGGCAAGACGCUUCUUUGUUGGAUAAACUCUUCUCCAAGGAAUUCGGUUUCUCGACUGGAGUCGAGUUUCGCGAAUCGCGCUAUACAAUCUCGCCAAAGUGUGAUGAAAAGGUUCGUGAAGGAAUGGUCUUUAUCGUUCAAAUCUCAGUCGGCGAUCUGAAGAAUCCUGGUGUGAAAGAUGAACAGGCAAAGAAAGUAGCUAUCUCGAUUGGGGACACGAUUCUCGUCUCUUCAAACGGCCCUGUGAAUCUCACCGAGAAAGCUCGCUCAAAACUGAAAUCGAUGGUAAUUCCUAUCAAAGAAGAUGAUGAGGAAGCCGAUGAACCAAUAAUGCCUGAGAACCUCGAUUGCGGGAAAAGAAGCGUUGUCCUGGCAGAACACACGAGAAAUCAGCAAACGAAUGAGGAUUGUCGCAAAGAAAAACAAAAGGAAUUGCUCGAGAUUCUCAACAAGAACGCGCAAAAGCGUUUAGCGCAAGAGUUUGAGCAACCUGAGGUCAAGAAAGCGAAAAAUGUUUCUUACAAGAACUAUGAGAAAUUCCCGCAAGAUGAGGAAAUUGACACGUUGAUGAUUCACAUCGAUCACCACCACGAUUCGGUGAUUCUCCCAUUGUACGGAGUGCCUGUACCAUUUCAUAUCUCGAUGAUCAAGAAUUGCUCCACGUGGAUUGAGAACGACACGAUGUACCUUCGAAUCAACUUUGCACAUCCUGGUGGAAAUGUUGGAAAGACCUCGGCUCCGUCAGACAAUUUGUACAAUGCUUUCCUUUUGAUCAACGAGAUGCGGAAGAAAUUCAAAACCAAGGAGGCUGAAGAACGAGAAAAAGAGGGUGCCGUGAAACAAGAUAAACUCAUCAUCGCAGCAAAUCAAGUGAAUCCAAAGUUGAAAGAUUUGUGUGUGCGGCCGAAUAUCAUCGCGAAACGAGACUCCGGAACACUCGAGGCACACACGAACGGUUUUCGAUACACAGCGCUGCGUGGUGACGAGAUCGAUGUGCUUUAUAACAACAUAAGACAUGCAUUCUUCCAGCCCUGUGACAACGAGAUGAUCAUCCUCCUUCACUUUCAUCUUAAAAACCCAGUUCUUUGGGGGAAAAAGAUAUACGGAGACAUUCAAUUCUUCACAGAAGUUGAAGAAAUCACCACCAAUUUAGGGAAAUAUCCUCACAUACAAGAUCGUGAUGCAGUGGCUUCCGAACAAAUGAAACGCGAAAUGCUCAAUCAAACUUUUCAAGCCUUUUGCGACGAAGUGCUGAAGCCGACCUCGUCAUGUCUGGUGAAUCUCACCGAGUCACCCGUCUUCGUCGUCAGACUGGAUGACGUUGAACGAGUUCACUUUGAGCGUGUUUCCAUCCAGCUGAAGAACUUCGAUUUAGUCUUUAUUUUCAAGGAUUAUCACCGAAAAACUCAAAUGAUUCAACAAAUCCCGAAGGCCUCGCUGGACAUUGUAAAGGAGUGGCUGAACUCAUGCGAUCUAAAGUACACUGAAGGCAUACAAUCACUCAAUUGGCCAAAGAUUAUGAAGACGAUCGUUGAUGAUCCUGUGGAGUUUUUUGAAACCGGUGGCUGGAGUUUUCUCGAUCCAUUCUCUGACGAAGAAGAUGAAAGCGAUGAGAGUGAUUUCCUUUCAUGGGAUGAGGCCGCUGAAGACGAGUGGGAUAUCUUGAAGGACAAGACAAAAUGGAAGAAAUUCGCCACCGUUGACAAGGCCAAGAUGAGGAGAAGAGAAGGAGAAGGCCGACUA